AUGACGCCGUCCUCCCUUCCGCCUCCCCGUUCCGAUCUUUCUUCCUCUGCUUCUUCUGUGCCUGGGUGCUCGGGACAGGAACGCGAUUGUCAAUCCAAUCCGGUUUCCUGUGCGCCUGUGCUGCCUUCGACUGAAGCUUGUGGCGCGUGUUCGUCUCGCUUUUCCUCGCUGCCGUCUUCUCUGCAUGUCCCUGAAGGUACCCAAUCUGGCGGUUCUUCCUGUCUCUCUUCGCCCUUGCUGUCUCCGUUGGUGGCCCCUGCUGGCCGGGAGAAUCUGCGGGCCUCGCCCCAGAGCCCCAACGUGCGCGUCCGCGGCCGCGCAAAUCUGAGUCCCUCGUGGAGCAGCCACUUGAGUCGCCGCCGCCUUUCCUGGAAUUCGACAGAGUCGCCGAAGGCUGCGGACGCCGCGUCGUCGAUCUGCGGAGUCACGGAAAGCCCUGAAAUGUCUGCCGAGGUCUACGGCUUUGUCUCCUGGAUUGCUUCCUUCGCCGCCUUCCUCUUCUUCUUUCUCUGGGCCGUCGUCCCUCACAGAUACUUUCACCAGUUGUCCAUCACGUACCUCAUCGAUCCGUACUGGGCACUUGCGUUCCCCGUGAUUCUCCUAAUCUGCUUGGCAACCACGUUCUUCCUCUACACGGCUGCCACUCUCCUGAAGACGCAGCCUCUCGAAUCCUUCAACCUUCUCCCAGACCGCGCACAUCUCGCCGUCAUGCCCGACGAAUUGCACGCGACUCUCUGGCGAGCGGCGGCACUUUCUUCAGCAGCCAUCACCGACAUCGCCACCAGUCGAGAAAAGCGCUACGAGGAUCCCUCCGCCGUGCUGCCGUCUCCCCCGCCCCGGCGCAUCCAAGUGCCAGAAAUCUACGACUUGCCGCCCGGGGCUAUCAACCGAAUCAUGUUUCCACUAUCUGAGUGA